AUGCCCCGAUUGAGUAGAAGACAAAUAGCAGGAAUCAACAAUUGUAGAAAAUCACAAGCCGGAAAACUGGAAAAAGACAACCAAAGGAUGAGAAUUCGAAUUGAAGUUCUGGAAAAUUUGGAAAACGAUCGAGAACAACUCGCAAAAUGUGAAGAAGAAUUGAGAAAUGCAGCAUUGCAGCUGAAAAAUGUAACAGAAGAGUUGCAAAAAUCCAUGGAAAUCCGUCAAAAUCUUGGAGAUAUUAUCAAACAAUUGGAGCUCGAUUUGGAAAACGAAAAAUUGCUGAGAUUGAAAAUCCGUCGAGAAUGCGCUAAAAAAUCGAGAGGCUUUUGA